CUCGCACAGAUUCUUUCUGUCGUCUGUCGCCAUUAGCUACAUAGUGUAGCUCUAGUCGGCUACAUCUCAAUUUGAUAGUUUAGAUGGCGAUGCUGGGAUGCAGCUAUACAUGGAUACAGUUUUAGACAUGACAAAUGUUUGUCAAUGCUUAAUCUUUUAAUGCCACUGAACAGACCCUAAAAUAUCGGUUUUAGCUGGUUAGCUGCCUGCUUGCUAGUAAUAGCAGAUAUAGCUGGUUGCCCUAGCUAACUGGAUAGUAGGAGACCGGUCUUCUUACUUGUUUAUCUGCUAUGUACUUGGUUUGACACUUUGGCUGAGUAAAUUAAACUGUGAAAUCGUGGUUACACUUCGAUUAAGUUGCUCAGCUUCCUAGCUUGCUAGCUACCAGGGGCUAGUAGGCAGAGAAGUUUCUCUGCUCUGUGUAGUGUUUAGGGAGUGAGGAAGCUAACGUUUGUCGGCAAGCCAAACCCAUUUAGCCAACAAGCAACCAACGUGGCCUGACUAUCCACAUCUCCUUAACUCGGGAGUUGGCAGAUUGUAGUAAACUGCAACAGCUAGGAAUUAUAUUGGCAGAAUCGUUUGAAGAACCCUCGUAGUUGGACACUGUGGACUGGGAAUCUCUGCCUCACUCCGAAUGGUUAGAAGACUUGUUUCCGGUGAAGCUGGCUCGAUAUCUCUCAUCUUCAACUAAGUUCUCUGCCCCUCACCAGUGGUGAGUGUGAGCAGGUCUCUUGACUUGGGGACUCUUGGGGCUCUUAGUUUGGAGGAGUGGAGCUUGGCCAGACUAGCCGCCCCAUAGCCACCAUGUCAGAGGGAGAAGGCAAAUCCACACAGCAGGCCGCUCCAGGAGGUGCCGCCCCGACCAUGGACAACAAGUCAGAGUCCACAGCGCCACCCGGCGGGAACACCCAGGGGGUGUCUUCCGUCUCCCCACCCGUCUCCACGGUGACACAGCCCCCGCCAGCCACAGCCGCCACGGAGGAUGAGGAGGAGGAGAGCGAAGACGAGUCUGAGAUCCUGGAGGAGAGCCCGUGCGGACGCUGGCAGAAGCGAAGGGAAGAGGUGAACCAGCGUAACGUGCCGGGCAUCGACAACGCCUACCUGGCGAUGGACACAGAGGAGGGCGUGGAGGUGGUCUGGAACGAGGUCAUGUUCUCCGAGAGGAAGAACUUCAAGCUGCAGGAGGAGAAAGUGAAGGCUGUGUUUGACAACCUGAUCCAGCUGGAGCAUCUGAACAUCGUCAAGUUCCACAAGUACUGGGCUGACGUCAAGGAGAACCGAGCUCGGGUCAUCUUCAUCACAGAGUACAUGUCCUCAGGAAGCCUCAAGCAGUUCCUCAAGAAGACCAAGAAGAACCACAAGACCAUGAAUGAGAAGGCCUGGAAGAGGUGGUGUACCCAGAUCCUGUCAGCUCUCAGCUAUCUGCACUCAUGUGACCCGCCCAUCAUCCAUGGCAACCUGACAUGUGACACCAUCUUCAUCCAACACAACGGACUCAUCAAGAUCGGCUCAGUGGCCCCCGACACCAUCAACAACCAUGUGAAGACGUGUCGAGAGGAACAGAAGAGCUUGCAUUUCUUUGCUCCGGAAUAUGGAGCGGUUGCCGAUGUCACCACAGCCGUCGACAUCUAUUCCUUUGGAAUGUGCGCCUUAGAGAUGGCUGUGCUGGAGAUCCAGAGCAACGGAGAGUCGUCUUACGUCUCGCAAGAGGCCAUCAACAGUGCCAUACAGUCCCUGGAGGACCCGCUGCAGAGGGAGUUCAUCCAGAAGUGUUUAGAGGUUGACCCGGCCAAGAGGCCGACGGCGAGGGAGCUCCUUUUCCACCAGGCGCUCUUCGAGGUGCCGCUGCUCAAGCUGCUCGCCGCACACUGCAUCGUCAGCCACCAGCACAUGAUCCCUGAGAAUGCUCUAGAGGAGAUGACCAAGAACAUGGACCCCAAUCUGGUCAUCGUGGAGAGCAGGGCGGUGCAGCUCAAGCUGUCUCAGUUUCCUGCGUUGGAGCUGGAUAAAUUCCUGGAGGAUGUGAGGAAUGGCAUCUACCCGUUGACGGCGUUCGGGAUGCCGUGUCCUCAGCAGCCGCAGCAGGAGACGGUCAAGUCCCCCAUCGUACCCCCCUCCGUCAAGACGCCCACGCCAGAACCCGCCGAGCUGGAGACCCGGAAGGUCCUCCAGAUGCAGUGCAAUAUUGAGCCUGUGGAUGAGGGGGCCAAGCACCAUUUGACCCUUCUGCUGAAGCUGGAGGACAAGCUGAACAGGCAUUUAAGCUGCGAUCUGUUACCAAAUGAGAAUGUUCAGGAGCUGGCUGUGGAGCUGGUGCAGCUGGGCUUCAUCAGUGAGGGUGACCAGCUGCGUUUGGCCUCGGUGCUGGAGGAAGCCUUCAAUAAGUUCUACAGCCGCAACGGCUCCCUCAACCCCGUCACCGUCUCCUCGUAGCAGAGAGGGGGCGCUGUGUGAGUGAGUGUGAAGGCACCACCCACCUCCCUACACCCUCCUCCUUCCUCCUCCUCUUCUUCCUCUUCUCCUCCUCUUCUU